CGAAAGGUCAUUUGACUGCUCAUGCGCGUCUAUAUAUGGAGAACUUGAAUCUCACACUCCUCUUGGUAGUCUCGACGACUGAAGCUACGGUGCUCCUGCAUCGCCGCCUCAAUUCGUCUCUACCGACUUUUAAGUCUACGCCGGCGGCGUCCUAACCUAUCUCUCCGGCGGAGAACCGGCCGACGACCUUACGACACACACGGAAUCGUAGGGAAUUUGAGCUUUCACGUAAAGGAGAAAGCGGAGAGGCUUUUUUGUGAAUCGGAAUCUGAGAAUCAGAAAAUGGGAGUAAAAGUUGCGGCGGCGUGUUUGCAUUGGUCGCAAUCUUCAGUUCCACACCCACCGCCGUCUCCUCCGCCUCAAGCACUCGCCUCCGCGAUCUUCUCAUCUUUUCCCAAACGACGCGGUGGUUUUGCUGGGAGUGAGAGAUCUGUGGUUUGCCGGUUCGUCCACUGGCUGGACCCGCCGGCUCUGGUCGGAACCCAGCCGACGAAGAUCCCCAGGUCCCGAUCCUGCGAGUUCCUGAAACCCCCUGUGCGACAGACGAUGCGACGCUCCUGCAGUGCCAAUCUCGAUUCCUUCUUCUCCGACGAGGAAUUUUCCAAGGGAAUUGAAGGGUUGGCUUUGGGUUUCCACAUAUCGGACGACGAAGAAGAAGAAGAAGAUGAAAGCCAGAUCUCAAGCUUUGAUGAUCAAGCUGAGGAGGAAACCUCCCAUGGCACUGCGGCGAGCCACAAGCGGAGAGUUUUUGAACCGGUAGUGCCUCCGGAUUGGACGAAAAGAGAAGGGAUUCUUCUGUCUGGCAUGGAUCGGAAGGGGAAUGGUUUUGAUUUCCCUCUCUCUUUGAGGGUUAUAGGGAGCAAAAUCCAGUGGCAAGAGGGGUUCAGAGAUGCAGGAGAGUUGACGUAUUGCUCGGUGAAAAAAGCUUUUUCCAGUAUGGUGUUCAUAAUCCAGGAACUCCAUAGCUACACCUUAAUGAUGAGAGAAAUGCUGUUCUAUGAAGAUUUACAGGGCAUAAUAGGGAGAGUUCAGAAAGAGAUGCAAGCUUCUUUUGUGUGGCUGUUCCAGCGAGUCUUCUCCCACACACCAACUCUAAUGGUCUAUGUGAUGAUGCUCCUCGCGAAUUUCAGUGUCCAUUCUCUAGCUGCAAGUUCUGGUUUCGCUGCUGCCCCUCCGCCAUUGCAGGCACAAGCAGUUUCCUCCAAAGAGGUUUCUAUGGCAGAAGAACAACACAGCCCUAUAAAGCAAAAAUUCGACUUCACAUCCUUUUCGGCUUCUUCUUCUUCUUCCUCUUCAAAUGGGAAGAGUUUGUUCGUUGGUGGAAACAGUGGCGGGGGUGGCAAGUACAUUCCAGUUUCCGGCGGUACGGAUGGUGAUGGGAGGAGGUUUGAUGGUGCAAUUGUGACUGCUGGGGCAUCCUCAGUUGGCAAAUCAUCAGCUGCUGGUGAAGAAGAAACAGUUUCUUCUCAUAAGCUUUCCAGUGAAGAGGAGUUGAUGCUGUGGAAGUCUAUUUGUGAAGAGGCUUCAAGAAUGCAGUCCGAGACACGAGGUGUGGCUUUGGAUCGCGACACAGUAAUGAGGUUUGUUUCACCUGUGACAGGGAAGAUCGAAUCCGAUGAUUACGCAUAUUAUUUUAGAACAGAGCUGCUUUACCAGACAGGACUCGCCCAAGAGCCCAACAAUACCCUCUUGCUCACCAAUUAUGCCCAGUUUCUUUACCUGGUUGUUCAAGAUUAUGACAGAGCGGAGGAGUACUUCAAGAAAGCUACUUUGGUGGAACCAAAGGACGGAGAGGCAUUGAACAAAUAUGGGACUUUCCUUUGGCAAGUGAGGAAUGAGCUCUGGGGUGCAGAGGAGGCAUACCAAGCAGCCAUUGAUGCGGAGCCUGCGAAUUCGUUCUAUGCCGCUAGCUAUGCCCAUUUCCUGUGGAACACCGGAGGCGAAGACACGUGCUAUCCCCUCGAUGAUUCCACGGAAUACGAGGACGCGUGAAAUUACCACACACAAAAAAAAAAGAAAGAAAAAAGGGAACGAUGCUGGGAAAGAAGCAGAAAGGCAUGGUAUGUUUUUUGGAACUGGACAAAAACUUGGUGAAAGAUGAGAAAUGGUGGAAUUCAAGGUUGUUCUCAGAUGAAGCUCAAGAAACACAGAGGGAGGGGUGACUGGAGUUUGUUGGCCUGUCACAGACAACAACAUCAACAGCCCAUAUUGCUCCAGGAACAAGAUGAAGUUGGUGAUAAGGAAAGGGAUGGCCCUGCUCAGUUCUUUCUCUCUUUCUUUCUUUCUUUCUUUUUUCAGCUUUAUUACCAAAAUUUUCUACCCCUUUCUCUCUCUGCACAGUUGAUUUGAGGAGCUUAGAUAAGUUCUUGUGCUAUAGAAAAUGGCAUUUGCAGAUUGUAAUUAAAACCCUAUUGUUAAUAGCAUAAAUGCCAAAGCUUAAGCUAUUUUUG